UAGCAAACACAAGUACUUUAAUCUUAUUAAUUUAAGUUCAUCUUAGUAUUUUUUUAAUUAAAUCAAAUCAAUUCUAAAAUUGCCCCUUUUAGUUACUAAUUCCAUAAAAGAAAAGUAUUUAUUUCGCUGUGAAUAUGAACCUAACUACACUAUACUACGUAUAAGUGUUAAAUAUUGAUUUAUUUUGAGACACCAAAAGAUUUUAGUGUUGUCACCAUCAUACCACAAGAUACUUGACAUCUUUGAAAUUAUUAUGCUCCACUCUCUAUAUAAAAAAAAGUAAAGAACUCAAACAUCAAUUAUAUAAUCUUCUUGGCUUGGGCGGUUGGGCCGAGUAGGCUGGGCAAACAAAUGUUUUACUCCAUAUGACAGAGGCCCAUUAUAUUCAAAUGUUUAGAGGAUUCUUGGGCUAAGUUCUUGUGUUUUCUAGAACAAACACGAGGAAAAUUUCUUCCGCAGAUGAAAGCGCGUACGAAUCACCUCCACGCUCUGGACACGUCUCCCUUUUAAAAAAUUUACUCGUAUUUAUUACUCCAUAUAAGUCUUUCCUUUCUUGGUCCAAAAGUGGAAUCUCCUAACUCAGGAGCCCCCAUUUUCUGACCCGACAGGAUUUUUGGGAGUAUGUUAAUCAGAAGCUCAGCCGGCCCAAUGAUGGUAGAUUUUUUCACGUGCGCACCAGAAGUUCAGUCUUAUUUCAGGUUCUGUGACCUCCACACCCCGCCGCCGGUAAGUUCUUUCGUUUCUUUUGUGUUGUCUUCGGCCCCAAGAUAUGUUCUCCCCCUCUUUCUAUAAAUGAUCUCCAAACUCUAUCCUGACUGCAUAUCAAAAUCUCCAUAAAAUUGUUCAACAGAAAAGCAGAGAGGAUCAGAGGAGGAAGAUAAAGAGUCUGAAAGAGAUCGAGAGAGAUGGGUGGAGGAACAGAAGCUUUUCCAGAUUUAGGAAGCCAUUGCCAAAACUCCGAUUGCCGCCAACUCGAUUUUCUCCCCUUCCGGUGCGAUGCCUGUGACCACGUUUUCUGCUCUGAACACAGAUCGUACAAAUCUCACGACUGUCCGAAAUCGGACCGCAAUAACCGGAAGGUGGUGGUCUGUGAGGCCUGCUCCAUGUCUAUAGAGACCACCGGCUGCGACGGCGAAGAUGAGAAGGCCGUAUUGCAGAGGCACGAGAAAUCCGGCCAUUGCGACCCGAAAAAGAAGAAGAAACCCACCUGUCCGGUGAGGCGGUGCAAGGACGUGCUGACUUUUUCGAAUACGAGCUAUUGUAAGACUUGCCGGAUCCGGGUAUGCUUAAAGCAUCGAUUUCCGGCGGAUCACGGUUGCAAUGCGGGAGCCGCAUCCUCGAUUUCUGCCGGCUCACGGUUGAUCAAGGAUUUAGGGGGCGUUGGUAAUAAGUUUAUGAUUGCUUUUGCUGGAAGGAAUGGAAAAGAUUGUGUGAAGGAUGGUAGAGCAUCUACAUCUUCUCAACCUUCCACGCCCUCUUCGGUUAAAGCUUGUUGAAGAUUUGGAUUGAAAUCCCUUCCUUAGUAUGUUGUGUUUACAUAUACAAGUAGCAAAAAUGAUGUAGAGGUGGCUGCAUGAUUAUUAAUAUGCAGAUUUAAGAAACAAAUAAUUUUAAAAUAUACUUCGUAUUUUAUUAAUAAAAUAAGUAAAAAAUUAUAUGUAAAAAUAGUUAAAAUGAUCGUCUACAGUAGCUUCCGUCAAUACAGCCAGAAAAGUAACUCUAAUCUUACUUUGUCUGCUUAUUACACAAUUCAGCGCGCGGAAGCAAAAGUUAUGUGUUUGGUGAAAAAGCUGGCUAAUAAGCCUGAUAAGCCGAAAAACAGUAUUACCAAACGGCCUCGUAAUCUAUUGUUUGUUUAAGUUUGUGAACUUGCCAAGUUACUCGUCCUCCUUUAAUUUGCGAGUCUCAACAUGCUAGUUACUUAAUUUGCCAUUUAUUUGCCAUUUCGAAAAUUCUUCUCACUUUGACUUGGCACGGAUAUUAAGAAAAUGGAAUAAAGUGAAAAUGUGUGAUUGUAGUUGUGUAAGAAAAAAAUGAAAUGAAUGUGAAUCACACAAAUUGUCCAAAAAUGAUAAGAGGGAAAAUUUUUUUGGGGCAUCUCAAAAAAGAAAGUGAGAAGAAUUUUAUGGGACAGAAGGAGUAAUAUUUACUUCCUAGUAGGGAUGGACUCGGGUCCGGGACGGGUCCGGGUCGGGCCUAGGCCCGGGUGGGCCGGCGGGUCAGAAAUGGUGGACCCGGGACCGGCCCGGGUAACCACCGGGUCUGGUCCGGGGCCGGGCCGGGCCCAUUAUAUAUUUUUUUGUUUUCCUCUUCCAAAUUAACCCCCCUCCCACCCCCAACCCCCCAAACCACCCCAAAUGGCCCAAAAUAC